AAGCAAUAACAUAACAUUCACUCAAUCACUCUCCACUAAAACGGCAUCGUUUAGUUACCUUGACGCUGAAGCUUUCAUCUCUUCCACACUGUCACACUCAAAUCGAAUCUCUCCCUAUACACUUAAUAACACUAACCUUCAAUUUUCAACAAUUUCAAAACCAAAGCCAAAAAAAUAAAAUUAAAUAUGGGUUGCUACCAAUCGAAAAUAGAGAAUGACGAAGCCAUAUCGCGAUGUAAAGACCGUCAUUAUUUGAUGAAACAGGCGGUUUCCACCCGGAACUACUUCGCUGCCGCACACUCUUCCUACGGCGCCUCGCUAAAAAACGCAGGCGCCGCUCUAAUUGAUUUUGCUCAAGGGGAACAACAAAAUUUUGUACUAUCUCCUUCCUAUGAUGUUCCUUUACCUCCUCCUCCUCUUCCUGAUGUACCUGCCGCUCUGCGGCGUGCUAUCACCAUGCCGGAUUUUGAAUCCGAUAUGGUGGAAACUGUUCUGGAAGAGGAGGAUGGUGAUGAAGAUGAUGAAGUUGUUGGUUUGGGUGGUGUGAGAAAGGAUUUUGUGAAAAAAGAUAGUGUGAGUUUGAAUGUGAUUCAGGUGUUGAGUGAAGUUGAUAAUCAUUUUAUAUUGGCUUCUGAAGCUGCUCGUGAUGUUUCCAUAAUUCUUCAGGCUACUCGUCUUCACUUUCAUUCCAAUUUUUCUGAUUCUACUAGAGGACACCUUGAUUACUCUGCGAGGGUGAUGCGAGUUGUAACAUGGGAUCGAUCAUUCAGAGAAACACCGAAUACUGAUGAAGUGCAAGAUGAUUUUGAUUCAGAGAAACAUGAAACACUUGCUACUGUAUUAGAUAAGUUGCUGGCAUGGGAAAGGAAACUUUAUAAAGAAGUUAAGGCUGCCGAGUUAACAAAAUCUGAAUACCAUAGAAAAGUUGCCACCGUCAACAAGCUAGAGAAAAGAGGUACAAACACAGAAACAUUGGAGAAAGCAAAAGCAGAAGUCAGUCAUUUGGAUUCAAUUUAUAUUGUAGAUGUGCAAUCAUUGGACUCAACAAUCUCCGAGAUAAACGAUUUACGCGAUCAGCAGUUGUACCUGAAACUUGUUCAGCUUGUUGAUGGGAUGGCAACAAUGUGGGGAACUAUGCAUUACCACCAUAAGAAGCAGUUUAUAAUUAUGAAGUUAUUAAGAUCAUUAGAUUCUCAGUUUCCUAAUGAAACAAGUGAACACCAUCAUGAUAGAACAUACCAAUUAUUGAAUGUUAUGCAAGAGUUCGAAUCACAGUUUGAAAAGUCGAUAAACAAUCAAAAGGGUUUCAUAAAAGCCUUAUAUAGUUGGUUAAAACUGAAUCUUAUCCUUGUCGAAAAUGAUAUAAAGGCAAAGAUUUCUUCACCAUAUAUACAAAUUCUUCUUCAUGCUUGGAAUGAUCAUCUAGAGAAACUUUCUGAUGAACGUACUUUGAAAGCCAUUUCACAUUUUGUUGCUGUGGUGGAUUCUCUUUAUCAACAACAAGAACAAGAGUUGGUUUUAAAGAGAAAAUGCGAGGAGAUGCAAAAGGAGCUUACGCGCAAAUGCCAACGAUUUGAUCGGUGGGAAUGCAAAUAUAAGAAAAAGAAAAGACUCGAAGAGUUUGAUCAGAAUAGAGUAGAAGGUGAUAAUACUAAUGAUCUUAUUCCGGAUGAAGUUGUUAGGGAGAAGAAAGUUUUGAUUGAACUAGAAAAGAGAUUGGAUGAAGAAAAAAGUGCUUUUGAAAGACAGUGCUUACAUGUGAGGCAAAAAUCUUUGGGGUGUCUUAAAAAUAGCUUGCUAGAACUUUUUAGAGCUAUGACAGAUUUUUCUUUUGAAUUUUCUAAAAUGUAUAGUGAAUUAAGGUGUAUAGCACACAAAUUAAGAUCAGCACAAAGCUCAUCAUGAGAGUAAAACACAAAGUGUGGCUCUGGAACAUAUCAUUCAAAGAAAACAAGAUUUUAACUUUGUUAUUCUUUCUUAUUGAAAGUAGUUUUCACUGUGGUUCAUA